AAGCGGGGAUCUCCAAGCGCCCCGGGCUCGGCGGCCGGCCAGGAGGGGAGGGUCCGGCCGUGCCCCGCGGGCGUCCAUUGGCGGCUUCCCCGGCUCCGCGCCAUGCCUCCGGCCGUGUGAGCCUCCGCGGGUCCCGAGCCCGCAGGUGCCCGCGGCGCGCCAGCCCGGGUGGGGAGGGGGCGCGGCGCUCGCCAUGCUGCGGGGGCCCCGGGCCCCGGCUGCAGCCGCCGGGCCGCCCUCCAAGGCACUGCCCGCGAUGAGCCCUACCGAGCUGUGGCCGCCGGGCCUCAGCAGCCCCCAGCUCUGCCCGGCCACCGCCACCUGCUGCACCUCGCUGUACCCGCAGACCGUGCCUCCCCCUGCGGCGGCCGGCACCUGCCUCGACGCCACCCCGCACGGACCCGAGGGCCAAGCGGUGCGCUGCGUGCCGGCUGGCCGGCUGCCGGCCAAAAGGAAGCUGGACCUGGAGGGCAUCGGGAGGCCAGCCAUCCCUGAAUUCCGGACUCCCAAGGGGAAGUGCAUUAGAGUGGAGGGGCUUCCCAGCCCCAGAACCCCCAAGUCCCCUGGAGAGAAGACUCGGUAUGACACGUCACUGGGGCUGCUCACGAAGAAGUUCAUUUACCUCCUGAGUGAAUCCAAGGAUGGGGUCCUGGACCUGAACUGGGCGGCCGAGGUGCUGGACGUGCAGAAGCGGCGCAUCUACGACAUCACCAAUGUGCUGGAGGGUAUCCAGCUCAUCCGUAAGAAGGCCAAGAACAACAUCCAGUGGGUAGGCAGGGGAAUGUUCGAAGACCCCACCCAGCCUGGGAAGCAGCAGCAGCUGGGGCAAGAGCUGAAGGAGCUGAUGAGCAUGGAGCAGGCCUUGGACCAGCUCAUCCAGAGCUGCUCCCUGAACUUCAAGCACUUGACCGAGGACAAGGCCAACAAGAGACUGGCCUAUGUGACUUACCAGGACAUCCGUGCCGUUGGCAACUUUAAGGAACAGACGGUGAUUGCUGUCAAGGCCCCUCCACAGACAAGACUGGAAGUGCCUGACAGGAACGAGGAGAACCUGCAGAUCUAUCUGAAGAGCACCCAGGGGCCCAUCGAAGUCUACCUGUGCCCAGAGGAGGUGCAGGACCCGGACAGUCCUGCCAAGGAGCACCUCCCCCCAGCCUCCACCCUUGGCCCCAGCCCUGACUCCACCCAGCCCAGCAGUAGCACUGACCCUGGGAUGACAGACCCCGUGGCAUCUUCAGCGCCAGCGCUGACUCCCCAGCAGGUUCUGCAGCCGCCAGCCCCACCGCCACCACUGCCACCACCGCUUGUCCCCCUGGAGGCCACCGACAGCAUGCUGGAGCUGCCACACCCACUUCUGCAGCAGACUGAGGACCAGUUCCUGUCCCCAACCCUGCCAUGCAGCUCUCCCCUGAUCAGCUUCUCCCCGCCCUUGGACCAGGACGACUACCUGUGGGGCCUGGACGGGGGUGAGGGCAUCAGUGACCUCUUCGACUCCUAUGACCUCGGGGACCUGCUGAUUAAUUGAGUGGCCCUGCCUGCUGUCAGCAGCCCGCCCUGUCUACCUCCUCAUAGACGGACAGGCCCUCUGCCCGCACAGGGACGUGGGACACAAGGUGUUGCCCUCAGGGUAUGGGAGCCUCUUCUCUGUCUUGCGCCCCAGCCAGCCAAAGCUGUCUUGGGGUGCAGGCAUGUAGAGGAUCUAGGGGAGGAGUGUAUCAGGGGUUGGGUCCUCUCUUUCCUGAUGGAAGCUGGGCCUGGGAAGGCCCAUCCAGCUUCUGACCUCUGACCUCUGACGUGAAGGGCCACAGGUGAGGCAGCCAAGUCCAGGGAAGGGCCCUGCCCCUGCCUUUGGCUUUGGGACUAGGGAUAGAAUUAGGACCCUGAAUUUAUCAAGAAGCACUUAAUGCCUUUGUAUUUAUUUCAGGUUGAGUUUUGUUUGUUUGUCUUCCCUGAGUUUUUAGCAGGGAGAUUGUUCUAGUUUCUAGUAAGACUUCUCAGACAGGCCCAGUGCGGUCUACUGUCCAAGGGCCGGCUGGGGCCCUUCCAGGGCCUCAGGCCGCCUCCCGGAUUUCCCCGCAGCAGUGGGCUGGGUCGCUGGGGAGCCGUCCAGUCUGCUAGAAGGCUACUUGCACUUAGGCCUCAUAAUGCCAGUAGGUGGUGGCCGCAGGCCCUUUGGCUUCUCCUGCCCCUGGUCUCCAGCUGAGGCGCCAGCCUCGGACUCCUGGUCUCCUCUGUCCCAGAGAUGGCUGCCAGGAGCCAUCCCAGGGGCGGCUCCUAUGGAAUUCCCUACCUCUCCUUCCCCUUAGAGCAUAAAUAGUGACCCUCCAGGGAGUCAGCACUGAAGAGCCCCCGGGGAGGCACAGACAGGAGCGUGGAAGCAGCUAGAGUGGCUGCCUAGGGCACUUUUCCUCCAUUUUUGCCUCUUGCUUGGGACAAGGGGUGUCUUACAGUGAAGGAGGGAGCGGCAGUCCCCCAUAGAGAAAGAUGGGAUUAGAACAAGAAACUGCCAGAAAGCACCCCCUCUGGUAGCUGCUGGUACUAUCCUCCCCUCCCUAGAAGGAUUUUUUUGUUUAUUCAAGGAGUCGUUCUUUUGAGGAUCUCCUCUCUCCACACCCACUGUCACACAGACCUUCCUCUCGUCCCCCCAGGACGGAGGUGACCAGGACUUGGUGGCAUUUUGGCUCCUUUUGUCAAGGGAAUGCCACAGGGAUGACAGGAGGAGUCUUCACUGCAGAUCAGACCUUGGCAGCUAAUGGAGAGACUGGCUUAUGUUACCUGUCUCAGGGUCCUGAGGUCUCUUGCUCUCCGCCCCCGCCCCGCCACGUCCCACCCAGAGGCUUGUCCAUCCCACAGUGUCUCUGAGGCCCAUUUGGGUGUGGGUGUAGGGGAGGGGACCAGCUCUCCUCCCCACCCAACUUGGGGCAGGGCUGCCCUGGGCUGAACCAAGGCUGUGCCCUUUGGAGAGAGGCCACCCGGGAUGGUGGUCUAAGAGGCCUGCCACCCACCCUCAGGGAGCUAGGUUUCCUCAGGGGCUCAGCUGGGCAGCACUUUUUUUUUUUUUUAAGUUUGUAGCAUUAAGUUGGUUUUAAAUAUGUAGUUGGCCUCAUGGGAUUGUUCGUUUGCUGACCAGAAGCUGGCAUCUGAAGUUUGGGAGGUGGACUUCUUUAGAGGGUGGGGUCUGAUGUGGGCUAAUUCCCACACGGGGACAGUCAUACCUUGUCAUUUUCGCAACUUCCCUUGGCCCCGAACUAUGCCCUCACAGGAAUCGUCGACAGGUCACAGUUGCCCAGCCCUGGAAACAGGGCUAAUUUUGUCUGCUUUAUGGAAAUGCUUUGGCCUCCCCUCCCCAGAGACACUCAGGAGUCUCAUCAGAAAUCUCUUUGGAAGCCCACCACAUCCAGAGUCAAGGGAUGACCUUGGCCCUUGGGCAGGGGACGGGAGUGAUGCGUGGAAUGUGCAUGGGGGCACAGGGGCAUGGGGGUCUGGCCGAGAUGGCCUUGCUGUUCUGAGGUCUGGGGGGCUGCCAUUUACCCAUGUCCCAUCUCUGAAGACCGAUGUUUGACUUCCAUGCCUUUGGCUCUGUCUAGAGUUUUCUCCUAGAAUUAAAUCAGAGAAAAGGGAGAAGAGGCCUGCAGGACCCACUGGGAAAGGGUUUAAUAGUAAAGUCUGGCCAGAAUGCAAGCUCAUUCCCCAAAUGCCCAGCCAUAGUGCUGGACAGAGGGGCUGCCCCUUGGGCCCGUGGCCUGUGCCCUGAGCAGCUGCCUCUGUCCUGGGCUAUCCCCUCCACACCCUGCCCGGCCCCGGGACUGGACCGCCCAGGCCAAGCUGCAGACUGUGGGGAGUGACAAGCUCACGCCUCUUCCUUGCCAGUGACACACUUGAAACCUCUCAGAGUUCCAUCAAGUGCUGUAAGAAUGCAUUUUGGAUAGUAUUUCCUUUAGGGGCCAUGUAAACUUUAGAACUAGGGGUUGAAGAAAAGCCACUUUGCUCUCUGACCCCCAAGUCACCUGUGUCCCCGGGGCCGCCAGAGGCUCAGGGGCUCCAGGGAGCAUAGAGUUGGAGAUUCAGAGAGAUUUCCUCAAACCAGGGACACGCUCCAAUUUCCCUUUCCAUUAAAAGUGUUCUCUAGACCAGCAUGGUGGUGUCCCUUCUCCACAGCAAUGCUGUGGUUGGACCAGUGUCGCUGUGGGAGGAAGAGGGGGAUUGUGAAAAUCAGAAAGCUGGUUCUGGGAUGGUUUUGACUUGACUUUCCCUCCCCAAGUGUUCUCAACCUCCGUUCUUCCCUGUGUUUGGUUCUUAGUAAAAGCAUUGGGGUGUUCCCACA